AUGAAAGUGACCGUGUGUUUCGGCAGGACCGGAAUCGUGGUGCCCUGCAAGGAGGGCCAGCUGCGCGUCCGGGAGCUCACACAGCAGGCGCUGCAGCGGUACCUGAAGACCCGCGAGAAGGAUCCUGCAUACUGGGUGAAGAUUCAUCACUUAGAAUACACAGAUGGAGGAAUCCUGGAUCCAGAUGAUGUCUUGGCAGAUGUCGUUGAAGACAAAGAUAAGCUGAUUGCUGUGUUUGACGAGCAAGAACCACUCCACAAGAUUGAGAGCCCCAGUGGAAACCCCGCAAGCCGGCAGAGCCCAGAUGCUUUUGAGACGGAAGUGGCUGCCCAACUGGCUGCAUUCAAACCAGUCGGUGGGGAAAUUGAAGUAACCCCUUCUGCUCUGAAAUUAGGCACUCCACUACUGGUGAGGAGAAGCAGUGACCCAGCGCCAAGCCCACCCGCUGAUGCCCAGUCAAGCGCUUCACUCCCCGGUGGUCAGAGUCUGAAACCUGUGAUUCCAAAUUCCACAGAGGAAUUAGAAGAUGGAGAAGUUAUGAAUGGUAUGCAGACAGAACUACUGACAUCACCGAAAACUAUGGAUGUGUUGAGUGAUAUGACAAGAACAGUGGAGAUUUCCGGGGAAGGAGGCCCCUUGGGAAUACAUGUAGUGCCUUUCUUUUCAUCUCUGAGUGGAAGGAUUCUAGGACUCUUCAUUCGUGGCAUUGAGGAAAACAGCAGGUCCAAACGGGAGGGACUGUUUCAUGAAAAUGAAUGUAUUGUAAAAAUCAACAACGUGGACCUCGUAGACAAAACCUUUGCUCAGGCUCAAGACCUCUUCCGUCAGGCAAUGAAAUCUCCAAGUGUGCUCCUCCGCGUGCUUCCACCUCAGAACCGGGAACAGUAUGAAAAAUCAGUCAUUGGACCUCUUAACAUUUUUGGCAACAAUGAUCGCAUGUUGAGAACAAAGGAGCCACCUUCUGUCCUUGGAAAAUCGGGAAUAAAGACAAUAAAUCUCACAGGAACAAGCAGUCCUGAAGAAGAUGCAUCUUCUCUGCAACAGAGCAAGAGCCCCCGAGUACCAAGACUAGGUAGAAAACCAUCCUCUCCCUCCCUCUCCCCGCUCAUGGGGUUUGGUAGCAAGAAGAAUGCAAAGAAAAUUAAGAUUGACCUAAAGAAAGGGCCUGAAGGACUUGGUUUCACUGUGGUUACCAGAGAUUCCUCCAUACAUGGUCCGGGUCCCAUUUUUGUGAAAAACAUUUUACCAAAGGGAGCAGCGAUAAAAGAUGGCCGCCUGCAAUCAGGGGACAGAAUUUUGGAGGUCAAUGGCAGAGAUGUCACCGGACGAACUCAGGAAGAGCUCGUGGCCAUGCUGAGGAGCACUAGGCAGGGAGAGACUGCAUCGCUGGUCAUAGCCCGCCAAGAGGGAACUUUCCUACCCCGAGAGCUGAAAGGAGAACCUGACUGUUGUGCAUUCUCCCUGGAAACAACUGAGCAACUUACCUUUGAGAUCCCGUUGAAUGAUUCUGGUUCUGCUGGUCUUGGGGUGAGCUUGAAAGGGAACAAAUCUCGAGAAACUGGAACAGACCUGGGGAUUUUUAUCAAGUCCAUCAUCCAUGGAGGUGCUGCUUUUAAGGAUGGCCGUCUCCGGAUGAAUGACCAGCUGAUUGCGGUUAAUGGGGAAUCUCUUCUGGGAAAGUCCAACCAUGAAGCUAUGGAAACACUUAGACGAUCCAUGUCCAUGGAAGGAAACAUCCGAGGGAUGAUCCAGUUGGUGAUUCUGAGGAGGCCAGAGAGACCAAUGGAGGAGCCUGCAGAGUGCGGGGCAUUUUCUAAGCCCUGCUUUGAGAACUGUCAAAAUGCUGUAACCACCUCCAGGAGAAAUGAUAAUAGUACAUUGCAUCCAUUUGGCACGUACAGUCCACAAGACAAACAGAAAGACCUAUUGCUUCCCAGUGACGGAUGGGCUGAGAGUGAAGUACCACCUUCUCCCCAACCACAUCCCGUUCUGGAAUUGGGCCUUGAAGAUUACAGCCACAGCUCUGGGGUGGACUCAGCAGUAUAUUUUCCAGAUCAGCAUAUCAACUUUAGAUCUGUGACACCAGCCAGGCAGCCUGAAUCAAUGAAUCUGAAAGCCUCAAAGAGCAUGGACCUCGUGCCAGAUGAAAGUAAAGUCCAUUCAUUGGCUGGACACAAAUCGGAUUCUCCAAGCAAAGAUUUUGGUCCGACUCUGGGUUUGAAAAAGUCCAGCUCCUUGGAGAGCCUCCAGACCGCAGUUGCCGAGGUCAGGAAGAAUGAACUUCCCUUCCACCGGCCUCCGCCACAUAUGGUCCGCGGCCGGGGCUGCAACGAGAGCUUCCGAGCUGCCAUUGACAAAUCUUACGAUGGACCUGAAGAGUCAGAAGCCGAUGGUCUGUCUGAUAGGAGCUCUCACUCCAGCCAAGGAGCUCUGAAUUGUGAAUCUGGCCCUCAGGGGAACUCUGAGCUAGAAAAUGCAGAAAAUAAAGCCAGGAAAGUCAAAAAAACGAAAGAAAAGGAGAAGAAGAAGGAAAAGGGCAAAUUAAAAGUCAAGGAGAAAAAGCAGAAAGAGGGAAAUGAAGAUCCAGAAAGGAAAAUAAAGAAGAAGGGAUUUGGUGCCAUGCUAAGAUUUGGAAAGAAGAAAGAUGAUAAGGGUGGAAAGGCAGAGCAGAAAGGUCCUCCGAAGCAGGGUGGCCUGAGAGAAGAGGAACUGGAAAAAAUGAAAGAAGAACGUGAGAGGAUUGGAGCAAAACAUCAGGAGCUAAGGGAAAAGCAGGCAAGAGGUCUUAUUGAUUAUGCUACGGGUGCAAUUGGAUCACUGCAUGAUAUGGACGAUGAUGAAGUGGACCCCAACUAUGCCAGAGUGAACCACUUCCGGGAACCAUGUACAUCAGCAAACGUCUACAGGUCUCCAUCUCCCCCUCGGGCUGGACCGCUGGGCUACCCUCGAGAUGGCCGUCCACUGUCUCCAGACAGAGACCACUUAGAAAGUCUUUAUGCCAAGGUCAACAAGCCAUACCAUCCACCAGUACUAGCUGACAGUGGCCGGUCCGUGAGCGGAAGUGCUGACCGCAUCCAGAAGUUGCGGAAAGAGUAUUAUCAGGCUCGGAGAGAAGGUUUUGCUUUAUAUGAAGAUGACGAAGGAAGAGCAAGACCCGACUAUGACCUUCACUGGGUGUCUGGAAAGGGUCCAGAUGGGAACACACACAACCUCCGCUUUGAGGGGAUGGAGCGACAGUACGCCUCCUUACCCAGGGGAGGACCAGCAGAUCCUGUGGACUACCUGACGGCCGCAUCUCGAGGGCUCUACAAGGAAAGAGAGCUUCCCUAUUACCCAGGGGCUCAUCCUGUGCAUCCACCCAAAGGAAGCUAUCCUCGCCCCCCAGACCUGAGAGUCACAGAUCUCCGGUAUCCCCAGUACUAUCCACCCCCACCAGCCCCCCAGCACAAAGGACCUUUCCGACAAGAUGUCCCGCCUUCCCCUCCUCAGCACCACAGAGUACCAGCCUACCCAGAAAUGGGCAGACCAGGGCCCCGAGGGAGCAGCCCAGAUCAGUAUCCCUAUCGAACCCAGGAUCCCAGGCAGAAGAACCCCAUGACCGCAGCCGUGUAG